CACAUCCUAGUGCCUGCUAAUGGAGGUGAAUCCCAGCAAGUCCAUAUUUACUAUUCUGCACUAACCAUUUUCCUGUGUAUUUUUCUCAUUCCAGUCAGAAACGUUCACUACCGCGGUUGCUUCAAGUUGCCCAAGAGCACCGUUGGCAGCUUCCCUCUCGCCACCUUUCAGUCCAACCUGACUACACAGUCCUGCAUUGAGAUCUGCACUGAUAAGGAGCUCCUUUUGGCUGUGUUCAGGAAGCCCCACUGUUUCUGCACACGGACAACAUCCCUUUUCAGUCUCAGCCAGCAGUCUGAAAAGCAGCAGUGUGUGGGGAGCACGUCUCUAAACCACACCAGCACCUCUACACCCAUAGCACCCACUGAGCACGACCACUACCAGGUGUAUCACACACCUGUGCUUGACUCCAGGUGCAAGGAGCGGAUGUUUCUGCCUCAAAGAUCCGGCUCCCUGGUGGCUCUUUCUAGUUUUCCUGGUGCAGGCAACACCUGGGUACGGCACCUGAUCGAGCUCGUGACCGGCUACUACACUGGCAGCUUUUAUUUCGAUGGCACGCUGUACAACAGAGGUUUCAAAGGAGAGAAGGACUACUGGAAGAGUGGUCGCAGCAUCUGCGUAAAGACCCAUGAGAGUGGUCAGAAAGAGAUUGAGAUGUUUGAUUCUGCCAUCCUGCUGAUUCGAAACCCUUACCGCUCCCUCAUGGCUGAAUUCAACCGCAAGUGCGCCGGACAUUUAGGACAUGCCACAGAUGCACAGUGGAAAAGCAAAGAAUGGCCAGAAUUUGUCUCCAGCUACGCCCCCUGGUGGGCAUCCCACGCACUGAGCUGGCUGAAGUUUGGACGUCACCUGCUGGUGGUGCAUUACGAGGAGCUGCAGAGAGCUCUUCUCCCACAGCUCCGUCACAUCACGGAUUUUCUAAACGUCACUAUGACUGAUGAGAGGCUACUUUGUGCCCAGACAAACCAGGAUGGGCAUUUCAAACGCUCAGGAGCCCAGCGGCUUUCCUUUGACCCAUUCACUCAAGACAUGAGACAAAUGAUUGACUCCUUCAUUCACACAGUUGACCAGGCACUGCAGAACAGGAAUUUUAGUGGACUUCCACAGGAAUACCUCCCCAGACGAUGAUCUGAAAAGGUCAUACACAGGUCCAGCAGAGGUUUGUGGGAGGGAAAUUCUUCAGCAAGUGCUCUGUGUGAAACAGAUACACACUGUGGAGUGGACCACCUGACUCUUUGAUAAGCCAGGAAGCACUAAGAAUGGCUGUAGAGUCAGGAAAACACCAUAGAGGUCACAGGGGAAAACAAUUCUUUUUGAAAGCCACUGACAAACACAGUGAUGAAAGCCUCAGGCCGAGGACUGCUUCUCUGAGAGCAGCAAAUAUGACAAAUACUCAAAGAGGAUUUGACAUGAUUUGCUGGACUGCAGAGUUGGGAUUAUCCAGCAAAGGGCCUAGCUGCACAACUACGAGUGAGCAAAUCCAGGGUGGAUUCAUAUUGGUUAAAGAAGGUUUUUGUGGCUGUUUAUAAUUUCACUUUAGUACAUGUAUUGUGUUUCUAUCAUACAGAUGUUAGUAAAAAUUCCCACUCAUACAAACACAUGUUAAAUGCAGAGGGUUCCUACAGAUCUGCAGCCAUGAUAAAAGCCACAGAACCAACAUGCAGCUGAACGAGUGUCCAUACAACAAGUCUGCCUGUAUGUGAACUAAGAUGUUGAUCACAGAGAAACUACUUUAAAUUAUAAAUGGUCUAUGAGCAUUUGAUGCCACUAAAUGCAUUCAUUUUGAACUGAAUAAAUUUGUUUACAUUGA